AUGGAUAAGUCAUGGAUUAUUAAGCCACAAUCAUCGAUUGCAUAUCAAAAAGGGAUACAAGAAUUUAUUAAUUUUGCAUUUAAAGGUGCAAAAGAAAACGACGUAGUAAUAUGUCCUUGCAAACGUUGCGGUUUCAGAAAAUUAAAGAGUAGGAGUGACAUGUUCGACCACUUAAGUUGGUCACCAUUUCCGCAGGGAUACACCAUGUGGAUCCAUCACGGAGAGUCUUUUAACAUGAUCAACGAUGCAUUUGGAGUUUAUGGGAAUCAUGCAAAUGAAAUACCAUCUGCGUCAAAUUUGGAGAUUGAAGAAGAAGAUUAUGUGAUGCCAAGCUCAACUCAGGAAAGAAACGAAGCCAAGGAGUAUUAUGAGUUGGCUAGAGAAGGAGAACAACCUUUAUAUGAAGGGUGUAGACAAUAUUCAAGACUAUCUUUUUUGGUUAAGUUGUACCAUAUAAAGUGUUUAUGUGGAUUGAGUGAGAAGGCAAUGACAAUGAUUUUAGAGUUAAUAAAAGAUGCAUUUGAAUAUGCAAACAUUCCAAGUUCAUUCUAUGAAGCCAAGAAAUCAAUCACAAAACUUGGGUUGGGUUCACUUUCUGGGUGGAACACAUACACAAGACUUGCUUGCCCAUCGUGUAACUUUCAAACUACACCUCUCCGUCUUAAAGCUAGUCGUAAAUGGUGUUUUAUGGGUCAUCGUCGUUUCCUUGAUCGGAGACACAGGUUUAGAUUGAACAAGAUCCGCUUUAAUGGUGAACAAGAAAUGCGGAGUCCACCGAGAACAUUAUCUGGACAUGAAGUUUUUGAAAAGGUUAAAGAUGUUGAAGUCAUCUUUGGUAAAAAGGCAGUGAAAGAAAAAUCAGUAAAAAGGACACGUGAGGAACAACCUAUAGAAGAAGUUAAACUUGGAGGUCAUGUUCAUUAUCGAUGGAUGUGUCCUGUUGAAAGGUACUUGGGAAAACUUAAAUCAUAUGUACGUAAUAAGGCAAAACCAGAAGGGUCUAUUGCAGAAGGAUACCGUUUUGAAGAGAUUCUUACAUUUUGUUCAAGAUAUCUAGAAAAUAUUGAGACUAGAUGGAAUCAACCUGGACGUGUAGAUGACGACCCUAUUGAUGAUAUCCAAACUGCUUCACGUGUAGCUGAAUUAUUUCUUAGAGUUGGAAAACCUGUGGGUGGAUCUUCUUAUUACACCCUAACACCAACUGAAAAAUUGCAGGCUCAUAGACACGUUUUAACAAACUGUCCAAUAGUUGACGACUAUCUAAAGCAGUUCCGAAGUUUUACUCAAAACCAAAUGAGGCGCAGUCAAAGAAGUGCUACUGAGAUAGACAAGAAGGUUCAUAAGGAGUUUGCGCAUUGGUUCAGCAAUCGUAUUCGCAACAAUCUUGACAACAUUCAUGGGCCAGAUAAAGAUGUUCUCAUUAGUCUUGCUCAUGGACCUUUUGAUAAAGUUAAAAGAUUUACCGCUACGUGGAGUUAG